UUUCCUUCCUCUUCCUACUCCUCCUCUUCCUCUUCCUCUUCCUCCUCCUCUUCCUCCUCUUCCUCUUCGUCCUCUUCCUCCUCCUCUUCCUCCUCCUCUUCCGCCUCUUCCUCUUCUUCCUCCUCCUCCUCCUCUUCUUCCUCUUUCUCCUCUUCCUCCUCCUCCUCCUCCUCUUCUUCCUCUUCCUCCUCCUCUUCCUCCUCUUUGUCCUCCUCUUCCUCCUCUUCCUCUUCCUCCUCUUCCUCCUCCUCUUCCUCUUCCUCUUCCUCCUCUUCCUCUUCGUCCUCUUCCUCCUCCUCCUCUUCUUCCUCUUCCUCCUCCUCUUCCUCCUCUUCGUCCUCCUCUUCCUCCUCUUCCUCUUCGUCCUCUUCCUCCUCCUCUUCCUCUUCCUCUUCCUCCUCCUCCUCUUCCUCCUCUUCCUCUUCAUCCUCUUCCUCCUCCUCCUCCUCUUCUUCCUCUUCCUCCUCCUCUUCCUCCUCUUCGUCCUCCUCUUCCUCCUCUUCCUCUUCCUCUUCCUCCUCCUCCUCUUCCUCCUCUUCCUCUUCCUCCUCUUCCUCUUCGUCCUCUUCCUCCUCCUCUUCCUCCUCCUCUUCCUCCUCCUCUUCCGCUUCUUCUUCUUCCUCCUCCUCCUCCUCCUCCUCCUCCUCUUCUUCCUCUUUCUCCUCUUCCUCCUCCUCCUCCUCUUCUUCCUCUUCCUCCUCCUCUUCCUCCUCUUCGUCCUCCUCUUCCUCCUCUUCCUCUUCCUCCUCUUACUCCUCCUCUUCCUCUUCGUCUUCCUCC